AUGUCUCCACCUAUGAAAGCAAAGUAUCUACCAUUGCUAUGGAAUCCAUUCAUCAAUUGCUUAUUCAACAACGCUCAUCCUGAUCGUUCUCCAUUCAAACAAACCAUAGACGAAUUAGCUAGGAACCAUAAUGAUUAUACGAUACUUGUCCCACCAUCACAUAUACAACAUGAUUGUUAUGAUCCUGCUACGUCAAAGUCAGCAUCUCCAACUCGUCUAAGGGAAUUGUUUUAUAAUGAUGAAGAUUUCAUACGAUCGCAUAUUAUACGAACGGGAACGUCUCAUUCAUCAACCAUAACACCAAUAUCAAAAGUUCAACUGGUUAUCUAUAAUACUAUAAAUGGCAAACAAAUCUUAAUCAAAAAUGGCAUGAUAUUUACUGGGAAGGGGUUCAAAACGAGUUUGAAAGUGAAGAUUUUGCAUUAUCAAUAUUUCGACCUGUUCAGUGAUUAUUUUCCAAAGGCAAGUAAGUUCAUGAUAAUAUAUAUUGAUAAUUCUUUAUUUGGUAGUUAUGAUCCAAGAGCCAAUAAUAUAAUUACAAGUAAAGAACCAACUCCUGCACAAGAUGUAACAAGCACUCCAUCUACUGAUGGAGUUACUUUUGAAAAAUUACUACGAAAUUAUCCCAUAUUAUCAAAAGCCGUUUCUGAAAAGUUCUAUAGAUUAUUUCACAAUAACAAUAAUGAAUUACGAACAGUAGGUCAGAAAGAUCUUGCCGAUAUCACAGAGGAUUUUUAUAAAAUACGAAAGGCUGCCUUUGAAAUACUACAACAGAGUGUAGCCGAUCCUAAUGGACAACAAACUUACGAAAUCAUAGAACAUAUUCAAAAGACAUAUCCUAGAGUAGAACAUUUAAUUCAUGAAUAUGUUGAGUUAAAUUUAUACGACAAAUUAUGGUCCAAAAUCAUUUAUCAAUUCAAUUUUCCAAAUGAUAAUAAAUCUGAUGAACAUUCGAUAAAGAUAAUGACAACAGAUAAAUAUGAUAGUUUAUCUUGUUUAGCAUUGAAUCAACUAGAUGCUGAAAUAGAUAAACCUUGGCAUUAUAACGAGUUUCAAAGAAGAAUUGUUACUGCAAUUGAAGUAUUUUCCAAGUUGUCUGAUUCAUCCAUUGUUAAUCUGAGAUUAAAAACAGAGAUAAUCAGUAACACAUACGAAAUUUUAGCUCAAAUCGACAAAGACUUAAAGAUUGAUGGAGAUGCUGAUAUAUUAUUACCAUUAUUAAUUAUGGUCGUGGUCCAUUCCAAAGUAGAUAAUGUCGAAGCACAUGUUCAUUAUAUUGAAAGUUUCAGUUCAGGUCCUUUAGAAGAUGUUAAAGGUUUGAAAUUUAUGAUAACCAAUCUUAAGAUUGUAUUUGCAUUUUUAAAUAUGGAUAUGGAUUAUGCUAAAGUUGUUGAAAGUUCCCAACACAAUUUCGAUUUGUGGUCCUCAAUUCAACAUGGUGAUAUCACUGCAUUCAGAUCUAUCAUUGACCAGGUUAAGCAUGAAUAUAGCAAUCAACCAGUACCAUGUGAUCAUUUUUUAAAGAGUAAGAACAUUAAUGGUGAAAGUUGUAUUAUGUUUGCCAUUAGAUCAAGAAACUUUGAAAUCUAUAAUAUCUUAGUGAAUGAAAAUCCUGAAUGGUUUUCCAUUGAUGAAUUAUUAUUUGAUGUUAAUAUCAGUACAAAUCAGACUUUAUUAAUGGUGUCCCUUAUUGAAGAAGCUAAUGAAAUUUCUAAUGAUUUGGUGAAUGUAAUCUUAAGCAAUGCAACUACUGAAGAGCAACAUCUUUAUUUCAAUAUGCCUGAUGUAUUAGGAAGAUCUGUCGGUCAUUAUAUCUUCCAUAAUUAUGAAUUAAUUGAUACCAUUGGUAAUUUAAUAGAUUGGGAAAUAAAGGAUAUGAACUCCUACACUCCACUUUAUACGAUAUGCCGUUGUUACGAUCAUCUUGAAUAUGAGAAAUUACUUUCAAAAUGUUUUAAAUGUGUUUAUGAGAAAUAUGGAAGAGGGAACAUUGAUUUUGAAAAGCAUAUUGAUAAGCUAGGUAAUACUUUGUUACAUAUUAUACGAAGAAAUCUAGGCUCAACUUGUUUAUUGACAGAUAAAUCCAAUUUAGUCAAUGUUAAUCAAUUUAAUAAUAAAUUUCUUAAUCCACUAAAUCUUUAUAUCAAGAGUAAUCGUUUGGAGAAUAUACGAGACUUGAUUUCUGAUGACAGACUUAACUUUCUUCAAGAAGAUUCCAAGAAUUGUUAUAAUGUCUUAGAUUAUAUUGGAUUUGCAUCAUCCAAACCAACUGGUUCAAGUUCCGACUUUAAGAUUAUUGAAAAUUUAGUAUUUGAUUUCUUAGUGGAUAAUUUUUUCCCCAAGAAAGAUGGUGAUAAACUAGUUGCCUUAAAUGCCAAAUAUGAUCCUAAUCGAAAUGAUUGGAUAGUUUUCUUUCGAAGUGUUCCUAACGAUGAAAGAACAAGCAAAUCACUUGAAGCCAUUAAACUGAUUGUUUCAUUAAAGAAAUUGGAAAAUCCAUUAUCAAUAUAUCCUGAUGUAUCAAGUUUAUGGCAUAAUUUCGGUAAUGGAUCCACCACGAUUUACUUUCAUAAGUUACGAGUUAAUAGAUUAAUUGAUCAACUUAAUUUAUUUUUCAAAACUUUGAUGAUUCAGGGUGAUACUGAAUUAUUUCAACGAUUUUUUAAUCGUGAUAAGAAUAACGAUCAACUGACUCUUGAAAUGUUUCAAGAAAUUAAUGAAAUUCAAGAACAGAAAAGGAAAAGUUUAGGUGAAGUAACUAUGACUACUAGUUCGAUUAGAGAUAUUGAAUUUUUUAUAAAAUAUACCAAGGAUGAUUUAGUACAAUAUAAGAUUCAAUUAGGUAUAUUAAGGAAGUUAUUAGUUGUUGGUGAAGUUAAACAAGCAGAUAUUCGAUAUAUGUAUGAUAGGAUAUUAGAAAAGACUUCCAGAUCAGGAUUUGUAUCUAAUAUCAAUUCAAAAGUGAUUUAUGAAUACACAGCUGAAGAUCGUGGAUAUUUUAAAUUAUUAAGUUACGUUCAGUGGUUAGAGUUUGCAUUUGAUGAGUUAUUGAAACAUAUGAAACAUGUGUUGGACACCAUUCAAGCGUGGAAGCAAAUUUAUCAUGAUAUUACAGAAUUAAACUCGGAGCUUCAUAAAAUAGAAACCAAAUCGCAAGUUCCAGCUGAUCAACAACAUCAAGAAUCUGAGAAUCAAACUGAUUCUAGUCCUAGUCUACCAAGACGUAAUACCUUUACUAUUGACCCAAUACUGGAACAUGAAUUUGAUGAUCCAACUAGUUCACUUUUCAAUUUCGGAAAUAUCAUGGAAAGUAAAAAAGUAAGAUAUAAAAAGUUAGUAUUAAGUAAAUCGGAUAAAGUUAAACAAAUCAUGAAAUUAAAUGUUCAAUUAAAAUGGGAUCAUGAAUUAGUGGCGUUAGAAAUCACCAACUUUUUGAAACUUAGAUCGGAGUUAUUAGCGUUUGGUAUAAAGGAUUUUACCAAGCAAGAGAUCUUAAGACUUAAAAACAGACAUCUUGAGUUAUCGACCAUGUUGUUCAAUAUAAAAAAUAAGAGACAAAAUUAA